ACAAUCUCUCUCUCUCUCACACACUCGCACACACAUAUUAUUCUCUUUAAUUCCUAGCUGCUGCUGCUUCUUCUUCUUCUGUCAUGGCAAAUACCAACCAAACUACUGAACCACAACCAUCCUUAAAUAAAAUGAAACUUGCAAUCCCUGACGACAGUGAUAAAAAUGCACAAACCAAGCAGGGACUGGAGGUGGAGGUUUUUGACUACUCUAAAAGAGCACAGUGGCUUAGAGCCGCCGUGUUGGGAGCCAACGAUGGCCUUCUCUCGACGGCAUCACUGAUGAUGGGAGUUGGGGCGGUCCGGGAUGAUGUAAAGACCAUGAUCCUCACCGGGAUUGCCGGGUUGGUGGCCGGAGCUUGUGGUAUGGCCAUCGGAGAGUUUGUGUCCGUGUACUCGCAGUAUGAAAUAGAAGUGGCUCAAAUGAAGAGAGAGAACAGUAUUAUGACUAGAAAUGCCUUGGAAGACAAGAAAAGGGGCUUGCCGGACCCGCUCCAGGCAGCAGUGGCAUCAGCCUUGUCGUUCGCGAUGGGGGCGGCGGUGCCGCUGCUGGCGGCGGCGUUCGUGAAGGACUAUAAGCUGAGGUUGGGGUUGGUGGUUGGGAAUGUGAGUUUUGCACUGUUAGGGUUUGGAGGGUUGGGUGCAGUGAUGGGAGGGGCACCUGUGGUGAAGUCCUCAUUGAGGGUAUUGGUUGGGGGGUGGCUUGCAAUGGGGGUCACUUUUGGCUUAACCAAGUUGGUUAGUUCUAGUGGAAUGUGACACUAUUAUUUUGCUUUCCCUUUUUUUUUUUUUUUUUUUUUGGGGGGGGGGGGUAACUAAUUGUAUUGAUAUUGUGAUCAUUUUAUCACGUACGUGUUAGGGUUUUAAUUUAAUUUAAUUUUCUUUUUUUUUGGUAUUUUGGUUUUCUUUUGGUUGUACUUUGACCCUUUUUAAUUUUCAGUAUGUGUUUUGGAGAUGCCAAAAAAGUGAUUAUAAAUAUUAAAGAAAAGUUGCUUUCA